ACAACAACAACAGCAGCAGCAGCAGCAGCAACAACAACAAUAACAACAGCAGCAGCAACAACAACAACAACAACAGCAGCAACAACAGCAGCAGCAACAACAACAACACCGACGACCACCAUUGGGGGAGAUAGUUGUUUCCGAACGAAAGUUACUCUUAAAGAAAUGAAAACUAAUGAGACUAUUUCUACGAAUGUUCCAGUAACUGUUAAUGAAGUUAGUUCAACUACAACAACGAUAAUUACGAAGUUAAAAGGAUUCCUUCGGUCGAGCAAUAUGGCCUCAUCAAAAUCGAAAAAUCAGAUCAGGGACUCCUCUCAGAUGCGUUACAAACAUGUUAUCGUGCCAGAUGAUGAUACAUUCUACGAAUCGAAUUUAACAGAUUUUAAAACUAAAUGCAACGAGAUCGAUGAGGAUAAAGAUACACGGAAAUCAAUAAUACCGGCUUUGUUAUCAUCGGCGAAUGGCACUCUUGGAAACUCAACUUUUCCACUCGUCGAAUUGAGAUCUUCUGCUAUAAAAGAAAAGAAAACAAGGAGGAAUACUCUUCUGGAUUCCACCUCGAAAUUACUCUCCUCGAUAAAGGCGAAUUCUAAAGGACCGUAUUAUCAAACUUCCUUCAACUCGGAUAUGAAGGAACAACAGCAACGGAACUACGGAUCAUCUAAAAGUUCUGUUAAACGAUCGCUUUUAAGAGGUCACGAGAAUAACGACAAAUCUUUUCUAUUUUAUCCUCGCCAAAACCAACCACAACAUUUUCCUGAAUUGCUAUUGAAAAACUAUGUACCCAACGAUACCGAUACGAAUACUGCACUUAUAUUAAACAAGAAACAAAUCUUUUUGGAAAAAGAUAAAAGAAAGGAGAAAAAGAUCAAUGGUCGAAAUUCAAAUGAUUUGAAAUUUCCCAGACAAGUAAUAAAAUCAAAAAUUUCGAUGGAUACUCCGUCAAUUGUGAAAAGAGAAAUGAAAAGAAAGAAGAAUCGUGUCAAGUCCAAUGGCAAAGCUAAUUUGGAAUCGCUCUUGAAAAAUCAUGCACCCAAAGAGUUUAAAUUAGUAUCGAAGAAGAAAAAACAUGAUACACGAGAUUCAAAUGAUUCGAAAUCUCUUAGAAAUGUGAUUGAAUCGGAUGCAUCGAUAGAAGAAAAUUCGUCAAAUUUGAGAAGAGUAAUAGGAAGAGAAACUAGUCGUGUCAAAUCUACCGACAAAGAUAAUUUUCCAGAUCUCCAUAAACGAAAGAUAAAAAAACGUAAGAAAAAGAAGAUGGAUGAUGACGAUGACAUAAAGAAACUAACUGAUAUACGAAGGAAGAAAAAAAAGAAGAAAAAGAAGAGAAAGAAAGCGAAGAAUCAGGAAAAUAUGUUCGACAUACCGGAGGUCAAAACUAAAUGGAAAUUGACGAAAAGAAAUUUAUUGAGUAUUUCAAAUAUAAAAAGAAAAAUGAUAAUCGAUGAUUCUGAGAUCUUGAAAUUAAUAAAAAGAAAUUCGUUGAUUGUUCCGAAGAUAAAAAGAACAAAAAUGGAGAUAGAUGAUAAUGGAUUUGAGAUAUUGGGAUUGAUAAAAAAAAAUUUGUCGAGUAUUUCGAAAAUAAAUGAACGAAUGGUAAUAAACAAAUCGAAGGUUUUGAAAUUGGCAAAGAGGAAUUUGUUGAGUAUUCAUGAAAAUAUUGGAAUGGACAAAUCAAAGAUCUUGAAAAUGAACGGAGAAACGUAUAAAGGAUCAAAAACGACUUUGGUAGGACAGAAGCAAUCUAAAACAGAUGGUAAACAAGUCCGUGGUGGACGGGAUUGUUCGAAUCGCGAUCAGUCGUUGGACAUUGACGAAUCGAAAUACUCUGAAUCUGCCCACUGCCUUCGCUUCAGUGAUCUGUGGUAUUCUGUUUAUCGCUUGGAUGAACCGAUAUUAAACCAAGCUGUGUCCCUUCAAUUAUAUGAAAAACGAAGUUUACCUGAUGGUACUACUCGAUGGGAGGAUUUAACUCGUUCAAUGAUUAGAUUAGAUAAUUUUGCAAGACGUUACAGAAAUAAUGACGACACUCUUGCCAUAACUUAUCGUGCAACAAGAGAAGUAUCAAAACAAUUUCCUGCUACUUUGGAUGUUAAAAAGGAUCGAUUGCUGAUACCAUCUUCUAUUUCUACGGGAAAAGAUUCCAAGAUCGGCCAAUCUAAAGAUGCAUUUGAAGAAUAUCUGAUUGUAAGAGCGAGCGAAAUCAGCAAGGAUGGAAACGAAUGCGACAAAGUUGGCGUGGGAUUUAAAGCAUUCGUUGAACAACCGGAUCGUUGUAGACGUCUUGAAGGAACUUGUUUGAAAAAUCAACCUUUAUCUUAUUGGAAACAUGACAGGGAAGCACGGGAAGCUGGGCGAGCUGGUUGUUACUUCUUGAGCAAUUUCGCGUCUGUGCCGAGAGAGGCCAUCAAGUACAACGUGAGCGGAAGCGGAAGCGGCGAGUUCCUUGCUCUGGAGUACCAUUCCCCGCACGUGUCUGCGAUCGACAUUGAAGUCAGGAACGACUACAAUAGCGUCGCCAGUGCAGGGCCAUUUGGACGUAUAACUCAUAUAUACGUGGACAGUACAUCUUUAAUACACACAAUCGUAAUGAUCGUGAUACGGAACGUGGGAUCAACACUGUCGAUUUAUCGUCCUAGAAUCGUUAACUGUCCUCAAGGACUUCCUGCAUCAUGGUCGAACGUGAAAGGCCUUGUGCAGAUAAUUUUACCACGACAAAAUAGAAGAAUAGUCUUUGAUCUCUACGGCGAACUUCCUUUCAAUGAAUUCGAAUGUACCGUGGAGCUGUUAGACCGUCUUGGGAAAACUGUGGCUACGAGAAGAAUGAAAGUACGAAGAAUGGAUCGUUGCUUUUGCGUUUGGCACUGUCUCUGCGCUUGCGUUGCCGUAGCCGAUGGCUGUCGACCGAUGUCAACGACGCAUUAUCACGCAGCUGGAUUUCAGUCUCCUGUACCAAACGUCCCAAUGAAAUCUUCUUCCUUCGAUGGAAGUUUCUUCGACGUUAUAUUCUUACUUCUCUCUAUAUUGGCACUUCUCCUUUUCAUGGGUAUAUCAAAGUGGAUCAUAGGAAUCUACAUUCCUGAAGUUAGUCGUUGGGGAUUGGAUACUUUGCUUAAAACAACAAAAAUGAGCGAGUAUUUUGAAGAUGAUUUAAAAUGCAGAUGUAUUGUUACUGAUGAAUCAGGUUUUCCAGUUCAUCCAGAUACAGGAAAUAGAUCAAUCAGGAUUUGCAGCAGAAAAACAGAGUUUCUCUUAAAUGUUAUAUUCUUCUUAGUUUAUCCAAUUGCAAUUAGUUGGCACCAUAUAAAGAAAUUCAUUAGUAAUAAAAAUGGAAGUUAUUGUACGGACGAAUCCAAAACAUGCCUGACAAGCGACAAAGACGAGUAUGAGAACCUAGUAACCGUGUGCACGUACGGCGACAGCAAAAAUUCUAAAAUGGAAGCGGAUGAUACGAAUUAUGUCAUAAACGAGCUAAAGAAAUCUCAAGAAUCUUUACAAGAAUAUAAUAGAUACAAAAGAUAUCGUUGCUGCAUGGAAGGAAGAGAUAGAAAUAGAAAUGAUUAAGAUCUAUACCAAUCGAUCGAUGAAUCAUUAUUGUGAUCACUAUAGUGACUUGAUACAACCAAAUGAAUUACUGUUAACGAUGAUUGAUCGACAAGAUAAAGAGAUAGAAUUCUUGAUCGAUGAAGAUCUUCUUCCCACCUUCAUUCCUGCUUCACUACACUCCCCUCCCCCUUUCUUACCCCUCCCAGCGGGGACUACAUCCUCUUUAACCCGUUCGUUCUUCCUCCCCCCUUUCCCGCACCGUUCACUCUCAUCUUAGAAGAUUUCAUCUUUAUUAAAGAAAUGUAUAUAGACUAUAAGCAAAGCAUAAAACACUUAUAAAGUUUAACAUCGAAAGUUUGCUUCGAUACUCGUUAGAAAAAGUUGCAUAUCUCUCGAAGGAAGCGUUUUCCUUCUGAAUUUUCGAAACGAGCUCAGAGAGAGAGAGAGAGAGAGAAAGAGAGAGAGAGAGAGAGAACUACAAAGUUUCUGCCUCUCUUAAUAACGAACGAACGAAGAAAAUGCACGACGAAAUCUUCUCGUAACCGGAGUUAAACCGAAUUUUGUUUGUCCGUAUAGUAACUCGGUAAUUCAUUCGCC